AGCGAAGGGCGCAGAUUAAAAUGCGACCACAGUAAAGGAAAUUUUCAUUCCCAAAUCAAAUUAAAUUUAUACACAAGAACCCAACGGACGCAUUUCUUAAUUGCAUGGGAAAUCCAAAUCAUAAGCACAUUUUUGUUUCAAGCCUCCCUUUAAAUCACUCUUGUAGUUGUUGUUGUUUGAAAAUGAAUUACCAGAUCAAUCGGCAGUCUGAAAUUGAAUCUCCAAUCUAAUGGCGGCGGAGGCAUCAUUUGGCUUAGGCUUAGUCGACGAUAUAUACUUCUCAGCCCUUCUCGAUGAGGAAACCGUCUUCCCGAUCUCCGAUGAGAAGUUAGCAGAAUCGUUACAACUCCAGGAAGCAAUCGCAUCCUCCGUAUCGGCUUCAAUUACAACACCGAUUGUAAAAUCGGAGAACGUGUCUUCGUCUUCGAGGAGAGUAAUCCUAAAAGGCGAAUCGUCGUCGUCGUCGUCUGGUUCCGAAACCUCCUUGUGCAUAAUCUGUACGGACACAAAAUCCGCCGCGGAAAUGUUCACAAGCAGCGCCUGUUCGCACUCGUUCUGCGCCGAUUGCAUCUCGAAACACAUCGCCGCCAAGCUUGAGGACAACAUAGCGGUGAAGUGCCCGGAGCCGAAGUGCGAAUCGACGCUGGAGCCGUGGAUGUGCGAUUCGUUCGUUCCGAGAGAGGUACUGGAGCGGUGGGGGGAUGCGCUGUGCGAGGCGAUAAUUCUAGGGAUUCCGAGGAUGUACUGUCCCUUCGUGGACUGCUCGGCGGCGAUGAUCGACGACGGAGGGGAGGCGGCGACGGUGACGGCGGCGGAAUGUCCGAGCUGCAGGAGAAUGUUCUGCGCGCAGUGCAAAGUUGGGUGGCAUGGGGAAAUGGAGUGCGACGAGUUUCAGAAAUUGCGUAAGGAGGGAGGAGAAUUGAGAGAGGAUUUGAUGGCGUUGCAGCUCGCCAACAGACAGAAAUGGAAGAGAUGUCCCCAUUGCAAGAUUUAUGUGGAGAAGGUUGCUGGUUGCCUCCAUAUCACCUGCAGUUUUUGUAUAGGUGCGGAAAUCAGUUUUGCUAUAGCUGUGGAGCCAAGUGGGGUGGUAGCCAUGCAUGUCCACCUUCAGCUUAUGAACGUAGGUACCAUCCAUAGCCAUAGCCUAUAGAGGUUGAUUUUACCAUCAUCUCAUCCUCGAAUUGAUCAAA